CACAUGCGCGUUGGGCAAUCUACCGGAGCGCGAGGACGGGUAGGAGAGCAGUCCUAAUGGCGGAGAACGUACGGUCGCCUUUUGACUACCGGGAGCCACCGACCCUCGACAGUGACGGGGAUGGGAGCAAACCGCCACCGCCGCCGCCCCGGGGGCGGGUGUGUGGGAGAAAAAGGAAGGGUACACCUGUGAAAGUGUGUGACCAGGCCUACGUGACCGAGGAUGAAGAGGAGGAAAGUCUGUCUGAACACAGCUACAGUCCGGGUGGUGGGCAGUACCCAGAGGGAGCGGAGGACAGACUGCCUCCACCCGGAAGCCCUUACUACCUUGCUGACCCCUCCCAGCUCUGCGUGUCGGAGCUGGGUGAGGAGGGGGCGAGUGGUGUCCGGGGGCCAGUGCUCUUCCACCCCCCUCCCAACUGCAGAAUCCGAGAGGUGCACUGUGGAAGCCAGGUGCGACUGGUUGUUAUAGCGAUCCAUGACAUCGCCAAAGGGGAGGAGAUCACGGUGGACUACAGCCUGACGGACUGGGGAGAGAACGCCAUGGGAUUCCAUAGCUCUAUGUCUUCGCGAGGGUUUGACUGCAGCUUUAACCCAGACAAUAACAUUAAGAAGGAGGAAGAGCCCGGCCCCCACCCUCUGUCUCUCUCUGACUACCUCACCCCCUCCUGGUCCCUCUCCCCUUCCUCCUCCCCGCUCACCCACUCUGAGCCCAGCGACUCAGACCGAGAAGAAGAUGACGACGAUGAUGAUGAAGAAGAAGAGAUGGAGGAGCUGAGGGGCCGUAUGCUCAGUCGCCGAAAGAAGCGCAAGAUAGCUGUCACGGUCACCACCAAGAAGAACAGCGCCGCUAAUCCCAGGGUGGGACCCGGCCACCCCUGCUCGUUGUUAUCCUCCCGAUUGGCUGCCUCCCAGGCCCAGACCCAGUCUCAGGCCGCCACUACCCUGGCGCCCCCCACCACCAAUAUCAACAACAACAUCAACAUAAACAUUGGCAGCUCCAGCGGGGCUACUGUCAGCCGACGGCAGCACUGUUCCUACUGCGGCCGCCACUACCGUUCGCUGGCGCGCCACCUGGAGAAACACCAUGCCAACCAGCCAAAGGUCAGGGCGGCCAUGGAUCUAGCCACACGCCACACACACUCCUCCUCUACCUCCCAUCCUCACUCCUCCACCACCACCACCUCUCAUGGCCAUACCUUCACCUCCCCCCAGCCCUCCUCAUCCUCCACUCCCGCCCCUCCCCCUCCUUUCUCCAGGGAGAGGGAUGCGCCGGCCACUCGAAGUUCCUCGGGGGUGGUCUCCUUUUCGCUCUCACUGUCUGCUCAGUCGGCUGUGGCCAAGAAAGGCUCCAACUUAUCGGUGCAGACGCCAAAGCAAUGCUUCGCCCCUGCAGUGGCACCGGUUAAAAGUCUGCCCACACCAGCCAGGAGGGGCCGUAGGCCGAAGAGAGCAAAGGAGGAACAGCAGAAAACAGAGGAGUGCUUCAGGAGCAAGGAGGAAGAGAUACCUCCACGUUCUACCCCAGAGCCGGAGGAAGAAGAGCCGGGUGAGGAGCUGGAGCUGUGUGGAGCUGGGGAAGGGGAUAGUCCUGAGAAUAAGAGUGUCGAGAUGGCUAGCUCUCACAGACAUCACAUGCCCCCUCUCCUAUCCUCCCUCUCCUGCCUGGUGCUCUUCCUCCGCCGGCAGCAACACUCUUCCUUCUUGUCCCUAUCUCGCUCCCCCAGUUCGGCCGAGGCCUGGCGCCUACUUUGCCACUCCAGCCUGGCGCUACUUAUCCUCUACAACCGGCACCGUGAGUGCGAAGUGGCCAAGCUCACCACCCAGGACUACCACAACCGCACCACCACACCGAGCCCAACCCAGGCUAACUUGGCCAACGACCCCCCCACUGGCCUAGAGGCCAUCCUCUCCCCCUUCGAGCACCAGGUGCUUUGCCACCUCCCCCGGGCAGGUGUGCUGGGUAAGCGGGGGUGUAUCCAACCCCUCAUCCUGCCCCCGCACUGCGAGCCCUGCAUGGAGCUGCUCCUUCAGACAUCUGCCAAUGUGGGCGUGGACCCCCACAGCCCCUACGUCUUCUCCAGGCCCUUCCACUCGCCCGCCACCCCGCUCCGGGCACCGACCUGCUGCGCAACCUGGCACGUGCCAGCGGCGCCAAGAAUCCCGGAGUGCUGA